AUGAUAUUCGGUCUUCUUGCUAUGUGGACGCAGUACGCCUAUCUUGAGCAGCUGUCAGUUGGCAUAACUAGUCUUCCCGGAAGUCAGGAACGGGGAUCCUUGACUAAAGAUGCUGUUAGCAUUCUCUUGUACCAACAAGCUGGUCAACUGCUUUCAGAUGCCAUCAUAUUAUCAUCGCUGGAAUGUGUACAAGCCUGCCUCCUUUUGGGCACUUACACCUUGCCGAUUGAGGCAUCAGGUUCGUCAUACAUCUACCCCAUCUUAGCGCUGAAACUCGCCAUCCAGAAUGGCAUGCACAGACAAUAUUCCGGCACGAAUAUGGACGACCGGCGUCAGUAUCCAAUUUGA